AGGGUAACUAGUGUUCCUCCAAUAGAAACUCAGGCGGCAGCAAGUUGUACGGAAACUACAAUGGAGUCUCAGUCGGCGGCGAAUGCAAACAGCGCGUUAACAGACACGCGCUUCUCCGAUCUCAAGCCGCCUCUAUCGCAGCUGGUGCUCGACGCCUUGGCCGAAGCCGGUUUUGAGUUCUGCACGCCAGUCCAAGCUGCGACAAUUCCGUUGCUAUGCAGCUUCAAAGACGUUGCCGUCGAUGCCGCCACCGGCUCUGGCAAAACCCUAGCCUUUGUCGUCCCUCUCGUGGAGAUUCUCCGCCGCUCCUGCUCUUCUCCUCCCAAACCUCAUCAGGUGAUGGGGAUAAUUAUAUCUCCUACAAGGGAACUUUCAUCACAAAUCUAUAAUGUUGCUCAGCCUUUCAUUUCAACAUUGCCAAAUGUGAAGUCUAUGCUUCUUGUUGGAGGUGUUGAGGUGAAAGCAGACAUGAAGAAAAUAGAGGAACAAGGGGCGAACUUGUUGAUUGGCACACCGGGUAGGCUGUAUGACAUGAUGGAACGCAUGGAUGUCUUGGAUUUGCGUAACCUGGAGAUUUUGAUUUUAGAUGAGGCUGAUAGGCUUUUGGAUAUGGGAUUCCAGAAGCAGAUAAAUUAUAUUAUUUCUCAUUUGCCAAAGCUUCGUAGGACUGGUCUUUUUUCAGCUACUCAAACUGAAGCAGUUGAAGAGCUAGCCAAAGCAGGUCUGAGGAAUCCAGUGAGGAUUGAAGUCCGAGCAGAAACAAAGUUGUUAAAUGAUUCCACUUCAUCACAACAAUUAGCCUCAUCAAAAACACCUUCAGGCCUUCACCUUGAGUAUCUGGAAUGUGAAGCAGACAAGAAACCGUCACAGCUUGUUGAUCUCCUCAUUAAGAACAAAUCUAAAAAAAUUAUAAUAUACUUCAUGACAUGUGCUUGUGUUGACUACUGGGGAGUUGUUCUCCCUCACAUCACUGCUCUGAAGGGUCUGUCUUUGAUCCCUCUUCAUGGGAAGAUGAAGCAGACUGCAAGGGAGAAAGCCUUAGCUUUCUUUACAACACUUUCAAGUGGCGUUCUCCUAUGUACUGAUGUAGCUGCACGUGGGCUGGACAUUCCAGGUGUUGAUUGUAUAGUGCAGUACGAUCCCCCUCAGGAUCCGAAUGUCUUUGUUCACAGAGUUGGCCGGACUGCCCGUUUGGGUAGACAAGGAAGUGCCAUUGUUUUCCUGUUGCCAAAGGAAGAAGCCUAUGUUGAAUUCUUGCAACUGAGAAGGGUUCCUCUUCAAGAGAGAAAAAGUACUGAUGAUGCUUCUGAUGUUGUUCCUCAGCUGCGGUCUGCUGCGAGAAAAGACCGUGAUGUCAUGGAGAAAGGACUAAGAGCUUUCGUUUCUUAUAUUCGUGCAUACAAGGAGCAUCACUGCUCGUACAUUUUCAGAUGGAAAGAACUUGAAAUCGGAAAGUUAGCCAUGGGAUAUGGUCUACUGCAGCUCCCCUCAAUGCCUGAGGUAAAGCAGCACUCACUUUCCACCGAGGGUUUUGUUCCAGUGGAGGACGUCAAUUUUGAUGAAAUCAAGUACAAGGACAAAUCUCGUGAGAAACAGAGGAAGAAGAACUUGCAAGCGAAAAAGGAACAGGAGCAACAAGAACAAAAACCCAAGAAGCCCAACAAAACUUCAAGUGCUUCAGCCACUACUGUCAUGAGGAAGAAAACAGCCAGACAGAGACGUGCUGCCCAGUCAGUGGAAGAUGAAGAGGAAUUGACAAGGGAAUACCGUCUGCUGAAAAAGCUGAAAAAAGGGGCUAUCGAUGAGAAUGAAUACGCAAAAUUGGCAGGAAUUGAGGAUUUACUUUGAGGCAUGUGAUUUUGCAAAUCUAGACAAAAAUCAAUCUUUGCUAGAAUCCCAGCCUGGAUUUCAAAAGCAAGAAAUGAAGCUUCUCACACAGCCGGGGAAGCAUUAAAAUCUAAAUGCUUGGCUCCUAUCCAUGAAGCUUACACCAACAAAGAGUCCUCCAGGAGCAAGGUGGGGUGAUGGUUACCUAAUACAAGACCUAACCUCCUUUGCUAGCGUUGGCUUCGGCCUUGGGAUUCAUUCCUUUUCUUACACAUUUAUUUCAUUUCCAGGCACCGGGUCUGGUUUUUCUUAGGUCAGCAAUAAAAUUAUACAAUGUUUUGAGAAGGAAAUUCAAAAAACAUGUUGUAUUGGUUUAUUUAUGAAUAUAGGAAAUAGCAAUCGAAUUCCAUAGUAAACGGUUUUGUUUCAG